UGACACCUGCGAGCGUGUACUGCAUCAGUCCGUGGUGUCACUGUUGGUCAUGCGUCCGUACAUCAAUGGUGACUGAGUGUUUGCGACUCUUUGGGAUUCGGAGAGACCCAAAUUGAUAAACCCGACCCGAUCCAAAUUAACCACUCUAGGUUGGCGGACCUAAUCGGAGGAGGGGUAAGUUUUACAGUAAAAUGUUGAAAUCUGGCUGAUUUUAUCUCGGUUAGUUCUUGUGCUGGACAGAACUAUGAAUAUUGUAUAAACUCUCAAGUCAAGAAGCAAUUUAGCGGCAUUGAAAUCAAAUUUCCCCUCAUUGAAUCCAAGUGAGGCUAUGGAUCACGAAUCUGGCCAAGGAUUUGACUCGGAUGAUAGUGACCUUGAAAUGCAAGCAGAAAUUAGUGAGAAACACCAGAAAAUAGAUGAAUUUUCAAAAGACCUAGAAUUAUGUGGAAGUGAAGAUGAGAAGUUUGUCGAACCACCUGCAACAGAGAUUCCAACAGAUAUAGAAGCUGUUGAACCAUUCAUAGGCAUGGAGUUCAAUUCAAGAGAGGAAGCGAGAGAAUUCUACAUUGCCUAUGGUAGGCGAAUAGGGUUUACGGUACGAAUACACCACAACCGUCGUUCACGAGUAAAUAACCAAGUUAUUGGUCAAGAUUUUGUCUGCUCAAAAGAAGGCUUUCGUGCAAAAAAGUAUGUACACAGAAAAGAUAGGGUGCUGCCUCCGCCACCAGCCACUCGUGAAGGUUGUCAAGCCAUGAUAAGGCUGGCUUUACGGGAUGGAGGGAAGUGGGUUGUCACCAAAUUUGUAAAGGAGCAUAAUCAUAAGCUAAUGAGUCCCAGUAAAGUUCCAUGGCGAGGAUCUGGGAAGCACUUGGUUAGCGAGGAUGAGAAGGAUAGGAGAAUCCGUGAGCUAUCACUUGAGUUGUACAAUGAAAGGCAAAAGUGCAAACGACGUUGUGCUGCAUAUGAAGAGCAGUUAAAUAUAAUUCUGAAUGAUUUAGAGAAGCACACCGAACAUAUUUCUGAAAAAGUUGCUGCUGUAGUACGAAGUAUUAGAGAGAUUGAGGAGGAAAAAUCAGAUUCGGAUGGUGGGUAAUUAGUGCUAUUAUAGCCUGUUUCCUCAUUGGAGACAUCCUGGUUGAGAUUGUCAAAGCGUCUUCUAGACAUUGAAGGCUAACAUUAUUCUGUCGGCAUUUAGAUGCGAUUUGCUUGAAGUAGUGUGUUUGAUCAUGUACCGUUCAAGUUAAACUUCAGGCACCAUAUAGUUUACUCGGAAAUUCAUUUUCUGGUGUUCACCAUUUCGUGGAUUAUGUUGGUUCUCAAAUUAUAAUUUGUACAUGAUUUAUUACUCUUGCCCAAAAGCAGUGAGUAUAACUUAGCCAUUUCAUUCU